AUGGCGUCCUCUCUCUUCUCUCGAAGAAAGCCUCGUCACAGACAUCGAUCUUCAGGACUCAUCAUCAAUUCUUCCACCACCGAGAAUCCCCCUGCCAUACAAACCACACCUACACCCUCAACGCUUGGAGAUUUCUCAAAGAUCUUUGCUUCUCUUCAUUCUGAUAAGGCUGCCUUCACCACACCUACCUCUGCUGAGGACGACACUCGUCAGCCGCUCUUCUCCUCGUUUCAACAACAUCUCUUGGAUCCAAGCCUCUCUCCAAGCCCGCGUGUCCUCUUCUUCAUUCCGGACCACGUCAUCAGAGAAACGCUAUCUUCACAGGCAUCCACGACAGGGAAGCUGAAAGCUGUUCAGGCGGUCAAGGCUCCCACCACCAUCAUGUCUUGUUCUUAUUCCAUGGCCGUUGCUGCCGGUCUCCCGCCUUCCCCGCCUCUUUCUGCCCAUUCGGACGAUGCCAUCGCUUCUCCUAUCCGGCUGGCCACUCAAUCUCCCGCUUCAUCUAAUGGCUUGGAUCUUGCCGGUGAGCGUCUCCUGAAGAAACAACUCUUGGAAAGAUCUCUAGCGGUUGUCAGCGAGCCCUUGGAAGAUCGUCUUUUCCAACAAUUCGGAGCCCACGACUUUUGGGUCAAGUCUCAGUUUCUAAAGCAGCACGGCAACGGCGUCUAUCAGUUUUAUGACGGCUCCAACAUUACCGUCAGCUUUUACAACGCCGUGAAAAGGCUGCGCGGCCUUGGCAAGAAUGAUAAGCUGCCCGCCUUCUUCGACCUCCUCCAGUUCCAACAUGUGCUGGAACGUCAUCGGGUGGUCAAGCGGCGCUUCAUCGCUGGAUCGAGAAACGUGCAGGGUGCAUUGCCGCGCUACCUUCUUCAAGCACAACGGGCCAAUUUCGAGACCAAUGUCGUCUCUCGGGUGCCCAAGUUCCCCGAGACCUCUUUUGAGUCCGCGGGUGACUUGCGGGGAAUACAGAUGUGCGAGCAAGGCGUCGAUGAGCUCGUCCAUCUCGCCAUGGCGGAGACCAUCUUGGACAAUUUUGGGGCUCCGGGCAUCAUGAUCCUCGCCACUGGAGAUGGCAAUCCUGGCCAAUACACCACGGGCGGAUUCCCAGACUAUGUUGAGAAGGCUCUGCUCGUGGGCUGGGUUGUCGAGGUUUACUCAUUCUCCGAGAGUGCCCACCCUAUCUGGAGCGACCCUGAGUUUAUCAGCGACAAGCGCUGGAGAGGUCGCAUGAGCUUCCACACUCUGGACAGCUUCAUACCCUACCUCAUCGGUACGGCCAGGGGUCGCGCCUGA